AUGCGUUUGUUUGCUACGAGCAGGGCCUUGCGCCUCGGAAGCGGAAGGUGGUCAAGUGUCUCAGCCCGAAGCAGCAUCCGCCUCCCACUGUCCCGUCUCUCAGAUGCUCGUUCGGUCCGCCAUAGAGAGUGGAGCUCUACAGUUGUACGGAGUACACAGGAUACAACGAACAAGCCCGAAUCCACAGUAACAAGCCCAUCAGCUUUCCCAAAGGACCUGACAGUAGAGGGCAAGACGUACUCCACUGAUGACUGGACGAACACCCCCGAUACAAUUCUCUCGCACGUCGACCGCCGACUGUAUCUCGAUGAAAACCACCCGCUCGCAAUCACGCGCAAGCUCAUCGAGAGCCAAUUCCCUGGUCCCAUCUACGGCAACUACUCUGAGAAAAACCCUAUUGUGACGACCGCCCAGAAUUUUGAUGUCCUCGGUUUUCCCGCGGACCAUCCCGGCCGGAGUCGCACGGAUACGUACUACCUGAACAGCAAGACGGUUCUACGGACUCAUACGAGCGCCCACCAGCAGGCAUACUUCCAACAGAUCAACCGCAAUGAGGCGACGCGUCCAGAGGAGGUUGGAUAUACCGUUGUUGCGGAUGUUUACCGCAGAGAUGCGAUUGAUCGCAGCCACUACCCGGUGUUCCACCAGAUGGAAGGCGCCAUGCUAUGGAAGCGCCCUGUGGACAAACCACUCGAUCACGCGAGUCAGACCGCCGCGGCGAUCAUGAAAGACGUUAACAGCAUCCCGACCCAUGACGUACCAGUUGAGGACCCGAACCCCACCAUUCAUGAGCAGCGCAACCCUCUCCAAGCCGAGUAUCACAGCGAGGAGGAAGUCGAAGCUAUCGCCGCGCAUCUCAAGAGAUCACUGGAGAGAAUGGUCAUUAAGGUUUUCACCGAGGCGCAAAAGGCUGCUGCGGCAUCGGAGGGAAUUGAAACAGAGCCUCUGAGGGUCCGGUGGGUGGAGGCAUAUUUCCCCUUUACCAGCCCAUCGUGGGAGCUUGAGGUGUUCUGGCAGGGUGACUGGCUCGAGAUCUUGGGUUGCGGCGUGGUUAAGCAGGAGCUCCUAAACAACUCCGACGUGUCGAACCGCGUGGGAUGGGCGUUUGGCUUGGGUCUGGAGCGCAUCGCCAUGCUUCUUUUCAACAUCCCCGACAUCCGGCUAUUCUGGUCGAGAGACGAGCGGUUCCUCUCGCAGUUUAGGGCUGGCCAAAUCACGCGCUUCCAGCCGUUCUCCAAGUACCCCGCUUGCUACAAGGAUGUUGCGUUUUGGCUUCCUUCCGCGGCUGUCAGCGGCGGAAGUGCAGCUGGCGGCGCGGUGCCGGUUCAUGAGAACGACAUCAUGGAGAUUGUGCGCGGCAUAGGUGGUGACCUUGUCGAGGAUGUGAAGUUAAUUGACGAGUUCACCCACCCCAAGACUAGCCGCAAGAGCUUGUGCUAUCGGAUCAACUACCGCAGUUUGGAGCGCACGUUGACAAACGAGGAGACCAAUGAUCUCCACGAGGGCGUGCGGCAGAAGCUUGUCAACCAGUUGGGUGUUGAACUACGAUAG